AUGUCGCAACUUGGUUCGCAAAAAGCCCAACUUACGAAGGCCGCUAACUCACUACGCAAGAAGAUCGCGGAAGUUGAUCAGGCCAACCUCGAUCUUGUGGACUUUGCUUCGGAGGCGAGUAAAGAUCCACAUUUAGUUUUCAAUCGUUUGAAUUCUUUUUCUCUUUCAUUUUCUUCUAUUAGUCGUGCUGCCUCUGCCCUACGUGGCCAGUUGGAGAAAGCCGAAGAGUUUGCUCGGCAGAAUCCUGACGAGCGUGGAGAGUUCCCUUUCCUCUCCGACAUCCAUGCUCAUUGGGAAACCGGUGGGAUGGAUGAUCUUCUAGAGGAAGCGGAUGCUCUUCUUGUUCGCUUGGAUUCGGCGAUCAGACUUCUUCCUAUUUUGAGAGGCCUCCAGUCUUCUGUUCCAUCUGUUGCUCCAUCCUUGCCGCGCAAUUCCCCGCCCCAUACUACCCAAGAUUCUGCGCCAACCCCUCAGCACGCGCAUCAGGCGGAAGUGGAAGUGCGCAGCCAUUCUCCGUCGCACCAUGGUCGUCCAUCUGACCCAAAAGCGCCUGUUGACCAGCGUCCCCCUGCGAGCCAUACUGGCGCGCAUCCCUCGGGCGGAUUUGGCUUCCCCUCGGGUAACCCUCCCUCGAAUCCCACCCACUUUUCGCAAUCCCCAUCUGGGCUUCCAAAUUCUCUGCCAAAUCCUUUUUCGCAUGACCUUCAAGCCUCAUCCUCUUCAUCCCUUAACCCCUUUUUGCCCUUGGAGCAACCUGUGAAGUUGCCUUCUUACGAGAUCCCAACCUUCAGCGGCGAUAUCGAGGCAUUCUCCGAGUUUUGGGACAUCUUUUCUACAGCCGUGCAUAAUAACAACACCGUGCCGCCAGCAGUCAAGUUCAUGUACUUGAAGUUGGUCCUUAGAGGAGAUGCUGCUCGGAUUAUCGCAGGCUUCAAACCAACGGCGAAGAAUUACGACACUACAGUACGCACCAUUCUGAGUACGUACGAUCGUCCUGAGAUUCUGAGAAGUCGAUUGUGGGACAAGUUGUCGCAGCAGUCACCGGCGUCAGACUCUGCAAUUUCGCAACGCGCUACACUUUGCGCGCUUCAGGCAACUUGGUACCAGAUGAAGGAGUUGAACGAGGAUUCCAGCUCGAUCGCUACGUUGAGAACAAUCCGAUCUAAGUUUCCCUGGCGUACACGCGAGAAAGUUGGCGAACUGAAAGGCAAAAGUGACACUAUGUGGACAGUGGACGAGCUGUUGUCAGCUCUCAGCACGGUCAUUGAUAGACUGCAAGUGGUAGAGGACUCCGAUCCAGCAGGUCAUCGCGCUUACAACUCGGAUUCCACAGUUCGUCAGCAUUCUCCUUCCCCGUAUAGGUAUCCCGGCACGAGUCAGCCGUACAUGAGGUAUCCAUCGUAUCAGCAACAACCAGCUUACCCACGUUACGCGCGUAGCUCGCGCUCACCAUCACCCAGAUACCGUGACGUCACUUAUAGACCUCCGACUCCUUAUUACCCACGGCGCACAUCUCGUAGCCCUGUCAGACCCCAGUACACUACAUCAUGGGAGCCUCGAGCCCCAGCGUGCAGAUACUGUGGCAGAUUACACCAUCCAGCUUUGUGUGCUACAUUACCAUCAGCGCCCUAUUCGUCCUACCCACCUGCGCAAUUCCGUCAGCGCACUCCUUCACCUAGACGCCUACAGUUUGAGACGAUAGCGCACCCUUCACCACCUCGCACCCAGAACGCGAGUCCGCGCACUUCUCCUUCGCGUCGACCUACUCUCAGACCGCCAUCUCCAUCUAGGCGUCAGUCACGUUCCAACUCUAGACGCGCUACUCUUCCUCGAAGAUCUUCAAGCGCGUUUCCCGCUGUGCAAACGUCCACCUGCACUCCAGUCGCGCAUGAUUCCAUCCAGUCAGAUGAGCCCAUAGAGUUGCCCGACCAACAUGAAGCUAGCUUAGGGCCACACCCACCUUCAUCUUGUACGUCUGUGUGCCAAGCUGUUUCUACAACUCAGGUUCCUCGUCUAAUGGUGGUUCAUGCUAUAACCCGGAAUCUUAAAACUAGUACGGACGAACUGCUUACUGUUUUCCUCGAUAGCAAUUCGCAGUAUAGUUUCAUCUGUACUUCGCUGGCCUACCAUCUCGGCCUGACUUUUAAGAAUACAAGGACUGUCACGACUCUGACUUUCGGAGGACACCAGUUCACUGAAGACUCGUCAGAAGUCACACUCACGUUAUGGGACCAGCUCGAUCGUCCAAUCCAACUUCAGCUUUGGACGCGCGAUACCAUCUCAACGGUUCCGAAGACGAACAACUUGGAUGAGACGAACAACACCUAUAUGGACGAUAGAGUCGAAGUCGACGUACUCAUUGGAAUAGAUAACUACUGGCGCGUUGUGGAUUUGCAUAGGAAUGAGAAGCUUCCAUCAGGCCUCAUUCUGUCGCACACUCGCUUUGGACCAGUACUAUCAGGUCUCAGUUAUCCAGUAGUAUCGGAGAUUGCUAGCUCGGCAACGACUCUACUCAACGAUGACGCGCCAGGAACGGAACAGCUUUUACGAAGUCUCCUCGGCCUAGACACACUUGGAUUAGACGAUUCAGAUGCAACAGAUGCCGACGUGAUCAGGCAGUUCUACGAUAGUGUUAGGAUAAUCGACGGAGGAGAUUCUGAAGAAUUACGGACGACCACAGCACUAGUAACUUCAGCCAAUACCAUCAUGGCACCUUACCAGUCCUUUGUACCGUUUAGACGGACCAAUUCCUAUAUUCGACUCGUCCGUAUCACAGCCUACGUCCUGAAGUAUGUAGCCAAGCUACGCCGUUUAGUAAGGACGCGCCACAGCGCUGAUGAUUCCGACGAGUAUCCACUAUUCGGCACAAUAAACGCAAGUCCCAUUGUAACACCGGGUGACUUUUCAGCUGCUGAGUUGAUCGUUAUACGUGAGCACUAUCGCGAGGUUCCUCAGCAGUUACACGGCUUUCAUCUGAAGAAACUCCGCACAAGGCAAAAAGGAGACGGUACGAUACGCGUGGACUUACGUAUGGCGAACGCAGAGACGAGCGGGACGGCGAAGAGCCCGAUCCUCAUACUCUCAGGUCAUCCCCUUUGCGCCAUGCUAAUAGCUCACUACCAUCAGAAGCUGUUCCACGCCGGUACUUCCCAUUUGAUCGCAGCCUUACGCGAGAGGUUCUACAUCCCCAGGCUUAAACGCAUGGAAGUAGCAGAAGAUUCCCUAGUGGACGGAUUCAUUGAAAGCCAGAACAUCAAUUGGACUUUUAUCACACCAUACUCGCCGUGGAAAGGUGGAUUCUACGAGCGUUUGGUAGGAUCAGUGAAGAGCUGUUUGAAGAAGACGGUUCGGCGAGAAACCCUCGACUUAUGGCUUUUUGAGACGCUUAUCCUCGAGAUAGAGGCCGUUCUUAACACGAGACCCUUAUUUCCGGCGAAUUCGGCUAACUUGAACACGGACCUGGUGAUAAGACCCAUAGAUCUGAUAAAUCCACAGUUCCGACUAGGUCGCCUGACGUACAGUAUGCCCCAGAAGAUCGAGACGUCAUCGCGCGACAACUACGAAUCCCUGAAAACGCAGUACCGGCUCCUGCAGACCGAUCUUGAUUAUUUCUGGGAUAUAUGGCACAAGGAAUAUCUUGCCGCGCUCGCAGAACGACAAGCGACGCGCAUUCAGAAGGGCUCCGGUACCAAAAGGUCGCCGCGCGUAGGAGACGUAGUACUAAUAAAAGAGGAUUUAUCAAGAUCUAGAUGGCCGCUUGGCCUCAUUCUGCAGUUACACACCUCACCCGACGGCAAUGUAAGAUCAGCCAGAAUUAAGAUUGGAAAGCGAAAGAUAGUGGACCGUGCACUCAAUCAUCUACUGCCGUUAGAGAUCAGUGCAGCAGACACAGAGGAUCUUCAGGCGAACGCUCAGGAGCGUAGAACGACACGGAUUCAACCAUCAAGGACAGUGGAGGCAAAAUGA